ACAGUAGACGUAUAGAAGAAAAUAAGAUAUGAAAAAAAGGGGUAAAAAGUUAUAGCGAAGAAGCUAUUCGUGCCGACCCAUAGUAUCGAGUUCCCGGCAAAAGCCUCUUCCAUCACCCUUUCAUCGACCUUACGAUCCCCGGUGAGUUCAGUCCAGAUUAAACAUUCCAUAUGAAGAAGUCUCCACUGCCAGUGCAAAAUAUAUGUGGAACUGAGAAACAGAUAUGUGGAAGGGAAGCUUUAGUGAAACUUUUAAGAUGGCAUUUUGGGCAUUCUGAAUUCCGGGGGAAGCAGUUGGAAGCUAUUGAAGCAGUUAAAUCAGGAAGAGAUUGUUUUUGUUUGAUGCCGACUGGUGGAGGGAAGUCGAUGUGUUAUCAGAUCCCUGCACUCUUAAAAACAGGAAUUGUGCUUGUUGUUUGUCCUUUAAUAGCCUUGAUGGAAAACCAAGUGAUGGCACUGAAGGAGAAAGGUAUUGCUGCUGAAUAUCUUUCCUCAACCCAAACAUCACAAGUGAGAAAUAAGAUUCACGAAGACCUUGAAUCUGGGAAACCAUCCUUAAGGUUGCUGUAUGUCACACCAGAGCUGAUUGCAACAUCAGGAUUUAUGCCAAAGCUAAAAAAGUUGCAUGCUAGAGGGUUGUUGAAUCUGAUUGCCAUCGAUGAGGCACAUUGCAUCUCAUCAUGGGGCCACGAUUUCAGGCCUAGCUACCGGAAGCUUUCUGCUCUAAGGAACUGCCUACCUAACAUACCGAUAUUGGCUUUGACUGCUACUGCUGUUCCAAAAGUUCAGAAGGAUGUGAUAGAAUCAUUGUGCUUGCAAAACCCUUUAGUACUGAAAUCGUCAUUUAACCGUUCAAAUAUAUAUUAUGAAGUUCGAUACAAAGAUCUUUUGGACGACUCAUAUGUUGAUUUAACAAAUCUACUGAAAAUUUGUGGGGAUGUCUGUGCAAUUGUUUACUGCCUUGAACGUACAACUUGCGAUGACCUCGCUGCUCAUCUAUCAAAGAAUGGCAUUUCCUGUGCUGCAUAUCAUGCUGGCUUGAACAAUAAAUUGCGGAGUUCUGUUUUGGAUGAUUGGAUUUCUUCUAAGACACAAGUAGUUGUGGCCACAGUGGCCUUCGGGAUGGGUAUAGACCGAAAGGAUGUCCGAAUCGUUUGCCACUUCAAUAUUCCUAAGUCAAUGGAAGCCUUCUAUCAAGAGUCAGGCAGAGCUGGUCGAGAUCAAUUGCCCUCUAGAAGUGUGUUGUACUACGGAAUGGAUGAUAGGAGAAAAAUGGAAUUUAUUCUGAACAAAGCUGAAAGCAAGAAGAUGCAGUCGUCGGGCGUGCAAGAUGGGUCAUCAAAGAAGUCGUUAGUAGACUUCAACAAAAUGGUCGAGUAUUGUGAAGGUUCUGGUUGCCGUAGGAAGAAAAUUCUUGAGAGUUUUGGAGAACAGGUACCUGCAUCACUAUGUAAAAAAUCAUGUGAUGCCUGCAAACAUCCUACUCUGGUUGCCAAGUAUUUGGAGGAGCUCUCAGCUAUUGCCUUUUGCCACAAAAAUGGAUCUUCUCGAAUAUUUAUAAGCAGCUCCUCAAAUCUGAUUGAUGAAGAGCAAUUCUCAGAAUUCUGGAAUCGCAAUGAUGAAGCAAGUGGGUCUGAGGAAGAUAUAUCUGAUUGUGAUGAUGGUAUUGAUGUUGCAAAGAGCGUAGCCCGGUCAAAGUUAUCAUCAAAAUCAAGACUAAAUGAGAAGAUUGAGGUGUUGCAGCGUGCAGAAGAGAAUUAUUAUCAGCAUAAAAUCCCCGACAAACAGAACAAUAAGUUGGACAAGAAUGCCAUAUCUGAAAAGCUGAGAGAAGCAAGUAAGCAAAGAUUAUUAAAUGCUUUGAAGGAAACUCAGCAGCGGCUUCGCAACUUACGGAUUGACUUGGAAACAUCAGCCACCUUCCUCGAAGAUGAGUGCUUCAAGAAAUAUGGGAAGUCUGGGAAAUCGUUCUAUUAUUCACAAGUAGCAAGUACAGUGAGGUGGCUUUCAACCUCAAAUUUCACAGAAUUGAUGACUAGGCUCAGCACGAGUACUGGUUCUACUUCCAAAAGCAUAAACUCGAAAAUGAAUUCUUCUCCAACAUCAUCCUCUUUGUUAGAUAGACCGACGGAAAUUAGGAAUGAAGAAAUCCACGACAGUGUUAGAUCAGAAACUAAUGUAAAUCCACCACAGAGCAUUUCCCAAGGUAUAAAGCUGCCGCCAAUCCCAUCUUUCUCGGAUUUUAUUAACAGCAAAAAAGCCAAUGACAAUCAAUUGUCGUCAAAAAGUCAUUCACCCAGUGGAGAUCCCAAGAAUCUGGAGAAGAGGAUGAGACUGAAGUAGAUCGAAUUGGUAUGUUUUUGCACAUGUUCGUGGUUCAUUUGAUUGUUGCAUUGCGCACACCACAGACAUGUAUGCUGCAAAUUCUUUACUGACUAAAUAUAAUUUGUGACUAUAGGCGUUUCUGACA